UUAACCGACGGCCAGUUCGCCUUGGAAGUUCAAAACAAUGAGACUUGAAACCCUGUCUUGUCUUAGCAUCCUCGAACUUCUCAAACCCCUAAUCUCUCCAACAAUGCAAGCUCCAUUUCAUGUCUAAAACCCCACAAAUGUCCGCACCAAUUAGAGCCCCAACAUGGGUUUCAACAAGAAGACUCUUUGAGCAAAGUCUUCAAGACCUCCACAAAUGCACCAACUUAAAUCAAAUAAAGGAAGUUCACGCCCAAAUAAUCAAACGGUAUCUUCACAUAGACCUGUAUGUAGCUCCCAAGCUCAUAUCUGCCUUCUCUCUUUGUCAUCACAUGACUUUAGCUGUUAAUGUUUUUAACCAAAUUCAAGACCCCAAUGUUCAUUUAUAUAAUACUUUGAUAAGAGCUCAUGUUCAGAAUUCGCAGCCUUCAAUGGCUUUUGCUGCUUUCUUUGACAUGCAAAAGAAUGGUGUUUUUGCUGAUAAUUUUACAUACCCUUUUCUUUUGAAGGCCUGUAAUGGGCAGGCUUGGCUGCCUUUAGUGCAAAUGAUACAUAGCCAUGUGGAGAAAUGUGGAUUUUUCGGAGAUUUAUUUGUGCCUAAUUCACUAAUUGAUAGUUACUCUAAGUGUGGUUCAUUGGGCGUUAAGUCUGCAAUGAAGUUAUUUGUGGCGAUGGACGAGAAAGAUAUUGUUUCAUGGAAUUCUAUGAUUGGUGGGUUGGUGAAGGCAGGGGAUUUGAGUUCAGCUCGCAAGCUGUUCGAUGAAAUGCCUGUGAGAGAUAUGGUUAGCUGGAACACUAUAUUAGAUGGGUAUGCAAAGGCAGGAGAAAUGAAUGAAGCGUUUGAGUUGUUUCAUAAAAUGCCUGGGAGGAAUGUCAUCUCAUGGUCGACUAUGGUUUCAGGAUAUAGUAAAGCGGGAGAUAUGGAAAUGGCGAAGUUGUUGUUUGACAAGAUGCCAGUCAAGAAUAUAGUUCCUUGGACCAUAAUUAUAUCUGGGUUUGCUGAGAAAGGGCUUGUGAAGGAAGCAGCCAAAUUGUAUGAUCAGAUGGAAGUGACUGGACUGAGGCCCGAUGAUGGGACUCUUAUCAGCAUACUGGCUGCUUGUGCAGAGUCUGGUUCUCUUGGGUUGGGGAAAAGAGUUCAUGCCUCCAUUAAGAGGGCUAGGUUUAAGUGCACCAUCAAUGUUUCCAAUGCAUUGGUUGAUAUGUAUGCAAAGUGUGGUAGCAUUGACAAUGCAUUAAGUGUGUUUAAUGGGAUGUAUAAGAGAGAUCUAGUCACUUGGAAUUGCAUGCUUCAAGGGCUUGCCAUGCAUGGUCAUGGCAAACAAGCACUUGAACUUUUCUCUAGAAUGCAGCAAGAAGGGUUUAAGCCUGAUAAAGUUACCUUAAUUGGUGUUUUGUGUGCUUGUACUCAUGCAGGCUUUGUUGAUGAGGGCCUUUGUUAUUUUAAUACUAUGGAAAGGGAUUAUGGGAUUGUUCCUCACAUCGAGCACUAUGGUUGCAUGAUUGACCUUUUGGGUCGAGGGGGGCGUCUUAAGGAAGCUUUUAGGCUUGUGCAGAACAUGCCAAUGCAACCAAAUGCUGUUAUUUGGGGUACCCUUUUGGGGGCCUGCAGAUUGCAUAAUGCUGUGGCACUAGCAGAGCUGGUACAAGAUCGCCUGGUUACACAUGAACCAUCAGAACCGGGAAAUUACUCUAUGUUGUCAAAUAUUUUUGCUGCUGCAGGUGACUGGAAUAGUGUUGCCAAUAUGAGGUUGCAAAUGAAGAGCACUGGAGUUCAAAAAGCUUCAGGUGCUAGUUCUAUUGAGCUGGAUAAUGAGGUUCAUGAAUUCACUGUAUUUGACAAAUCACACCCUAACUCAGAUACAAUUUAUCAAAUGAUUGACAAAUUGGGUCAUGACUUAAAGCAAGUUGACUAUGUUCUACAGAUAGAUUAUUAGAAUGUAUGAGCUCAAGUAGUCAGGUGGUUAAGUUGCCAUUAUGUUGCAAGGUUUUUCUUGCUUGAAGUUGUAGGUAGGAAUUUGAAGGACAGCAUCCAAAAUUGGCUGUACCUGUAUAAACUUUAGUUGUGAAUACAUUCUUAGGUCAGAAAUUGAAGGUGAGCUUUACCGAGUACAUAUCUGCACUUGAGCAGAUAACUGUUGAUAGAAUUUAUUAUAGAUAGCAAAAUUUUCCCUCGCCAAGUUACAUCUGCAGACUCAGAUUUCAAGUGAUAGCUCUUAGCUGCAUCUCUGGAAUUGAUUGAUCAUCCAUAAAUCUGGAAGCAGCACCUACAAGGCCUUGCUAUCUUCAACUCCCUUCCUUCUCUACUUUCAAAUUAGCCGAAAGUCAAUGGAGGAUAAACAUGUCAAUUAUUCCAGCUAGCUAGCCCCAGCCCCAGCCCCUGGCAGGAUUUUUAGUAAAAAGAACUGUAUGAUGCACGCCCCUGCUAACGUCAAUCAAGGAAUGAGAUCAAUGGUGAUAAAUGCUGUGGGAACAUUCUUGUGUAGCUCAUUGUUCUUUGGUGGGCCAUUGGGGGAUGGAUUACUUUGAGUAAGCACUAAGGCAGGUUGUGAUGGUAACAAGGUGGCCAAGAGUGCGAUUUUUAUAGAAAAGAAUGGAUUGGUUAGAUUGCAAGAGAGUACAUAUAUUUUUGCAAUACGAUGGAGAUGGUAUCCGAGAGAAGGGGGGAGUGGGGUAGAGUGCUAUCCGAGGAGAAUGAUAAAUUGUUGCCAAGUUUUGCCCUCUGAUGUAAUUUAUAUUCUUAGAAAGAGACUGAUGUUGGCUUCUGUGCUAAUAUGGGUUGUUUGGUGCCACCGUUCAGUUACUGAAUUCUUUAGGAUUUCCUGUUGGACGAGUCAUUUGAUCUCUAACCGUACUCAGGAUUUUUGUAAUUCAGAUUUUCUUAUGACGAUAGUCUUCAUGGAUGAGAAUUUUUC